ACUUGCUAGUUGCUAGUGAUUACAUGCAUUUCCAUUUACGCAUUUGCUUAUGUUUUCUGGGUAGUUGGACAAAAGAACAAGAAGAGUAGACAGCCCACAAACAAAGAUGCUUUAUUGUUCCACUGAACAUGUCUUAUUCCCACAAACUCUUAUUUUCAGCUAUGUCUAAACGCUUUACACGAAUCUCAUCACCCAACUUCAUACACACCAUUACCAACUGUAACCACAUUGAACAUUCACGUGUGCUUUACUCGAAUGCUGAACAACAGGCUUCGCCAACCCAGUUACAAUCAAUCUUGCAAGCUUGUUCUGGCCCUUCUGUUCUUCAACAAGGUAGACAGGUUCAUGCCCAGGUCAUUGUCAGUGGAUAUACUUAUAGCAACAACAAUGGUCUUCUGGUUGCAAAGCUUUUGGGCAUGUAUGUUCUUUGUGGCAGUUUUGUGGAUGCUAAGAACGUGUUCUAUAAGCUUGAACUCAGGUCUUCGGCUUGGUCUUGGAAUUGGAUGAUUAGAGGGUUUACAAUGAUGGGUUGGUUUGAUUUUGCCUUGUUGUUUUACUUUAAGAUGUUGGGUUGUGGUAUUUCUCCGGAUAAGUAUACUUUUCCUUGUGUGAUAAAGGCUUGUGGUGGUUUGAAUAAUGUAAGGUUGGGUAAGUUAGUUCACCAAACAAUUCGGUUGACGGGUUUUGAGUUUGAUGUGUUUGUGGGUAGUUCUUUGAUCAAAUUGUAUGCAGAGAAUGGUUGUAUCGGUGAUGCGCGGUAUUUGUUCGAUAAAAUGCCUCAUAAAGAUUGUGUAAUGUGGAACAUUAUGCUUAAUGGUUAUGUAAAAAAUGCAGAUAGUAGUAGUGCUCUGCAAAUGUUUUUGGGAAUGAGAUAUAGUGACAUUAGGCCCAAUUCAGUGACAUUUGCUUGUAUAUUGUCUGUUUGUGCCUCAGAAGCAAUGGUUGUUUUGGGGACCCAGCUUCAUGGACUUGUUAUUAGGUGUGGGUUGGAGUUGGAUUCUCCUGUGGCUAACACAUUGUUAGCUAUGUAUUCGAAAUGCCAGAAACUGUUUGAUGCAUGUGAGCUAUUUGAUAGGAUGCCGCAAACUGAUUUGGUAACUUGGAAUGGAAUGAUUUCCGGAUUUGUACAAAAUGGGUGUAUGGGCGAGGCCUCACAUUUGUUUCGUGAGAUGAUAUCUAUUGGUGUCAAACCAGACUCGAUCACCUUUGCAAGUUUCCUUCCAUCAGUGACUGAAUCCGCAUGUCUCAAACAAGGUAAGGAAAUUCAUGGUUACAUAGUAAGACAUGGUGUGCCUUUGGAUGUAUUCUUGAAGAGUGCACUUAUUGAUAUAUACUUAAAGUGCAGGAAAGUGGAGAUGGCAUGCAAACUUUUUAGCCAAAGCAGCACAGCUGAUGUCGUUGUUUGCACGACUAUGAUUUCAGGGCUUGCACUUAACGCAAUGAAUACUGACGCUUUAGACAUUUUCAGGUGGUUACUGAAGGAGAAGAUGAGACCGAAUUCUGUAACACUGGCAAGUGUUCUGCCGGCUUGUGCUGGUUUGGCUGCCCUGAACUUGGGGAAGGAAUUGCAUUGUAACAUACUCAAGAAUGGGCUUGAUGGGAGGUGUCAUGUUGGAAGCGCGAUUACAGACAUGUAUGCUAAAUGUGGAAGGUUGGAUCUUGCUCAUCAUACUUUUGAAAGGAUGUCAGAAAAGGAUAGUGUGUGUUGGAACUCAAUGAUCACAAGCUAUUCCCAGAAUGGUAAACCAGAAGAGGCCAUCAAUCUUUUUCAUCAAAUGGGGAAGGGAGGAACCAAGUAUGAUUGUGUAAGCAUUUCAGCUGCACUAUCUGCUUGUGCAGCCUUAUCAUCACUGCAUUAUGGGAAAGAGAUCCAUGGUUUCAUGAUUAAAGGUGCAUUCAGCUCUGACCUUUUUGCUGAGAGCGCACUGAUAGACAUGUACGCUAAAUGUGGAAACUUGGAUUCUGCUCGCUCUGUGUUUGACAUGAUGCAAGGGAAGAAUGAAGUUUCUUGGAAUAGCAUAAUUUCUGCUUAUGGGAACCACGGUCAUCUCAAGGACUCUCUCACUCUAUUCCAUGAAAUGUUGGAAAAUGGAAUUCAGCCUGAUCAUGUCACCUUUCUUGCAAUAAUUUCUGCUUGUGCUCAUGCUGGCCAAGUUGACAACGGAGCUCAUUACUUCCGUUGCAUGACUGAGGAAUAUGGAAUUCCAGCACGGAUGGAGCAUUAUGCAUGUAUGGUAGAUUUGUUUGGACGUGCUGGUCGGUUGAAUAAAGCAUUUGAAACUAUAAAGAGUAUGCCAUUCACUCCAGAUGCUGGUGUUUGGGGGACAUUGCUUGGUGCUUGUCGAGUCCAUGGCAAUGUUGAACUUGCUGAAGUAGCUUCUAGACAUCUUUUUGAUUUAGACCCACAAAAUUCUGGCUACUAUGUGUUGCUUUCAAACAUACAUGCUGAUGCUGGACAGUGGGGGAGUGUGCAUAAGAUACGGAGUUUGAUGAAAGAAAGACAAGUUCAGAAGGUACCUGGGUACAGCUGGAUUGACAUCAAUAACAUCACCCAUAUUUUUUCUGCUGCAGAUGGAAGUCAUCCACAAUCUGCUGAGAUCUAUUCACUACUCAAUAAUCUUCUUCUAGAGCUAAGAAAAGAGGGCUAUGUUCCUCAGCUUUACCUUCCAAUGCACCCACAAACCAUGGGAUUGUGAUUACCAGAAAAAAUAUCAAUUUUUUAUUGUCAGUGUCAACAGUAACUAAUAUCUAAUGUCGGUUUGGUGUCUUGCCAAGGUAAGUGAGGGCAUUGCUGCUUUUUGUAUUAUGCUCUUCUACCUUGUUAUCUUAUCGACGGAGACAUAUUUGAGCUUCUAUGAUUAAAAGAAGCCUGUGAUUGUGAUACAAGAAAUUCAAAUUUUGUUAUCUACA